AUGUCAGCAAACUGGAGGAUUGCGCAACCAUAUUGUGUAGCCCUUGCGCCAGCGCCAAAGAGUUUCAAACUCGCGGACCCGUUAUGGUACGCUGGAUGCAAGACAUUGAGCGGUGAAGAUAAACUCUUCUACACUGAGAAGUCUUUUGAAACGACAUAUCCGGAUCUUGUUCGAUGGAUGAAAGGCCUUUCGAAUGCUCCACGUUCUUGCUUCGUUACCUUUGGUCAGAAUCUCAGCUACUUCGCAUGCGCUGCCGAUCAAGGGUCCAUAUGGGGCGGUAUACCAUCAGAACUUGAGGACACCGUGCGAAAGGUAGUUGAUAUGCCCACGUUCGUAUGUUUGGGAAAACAUAAUGCUUGGCUGGUCUUGUACCCAAACGGGUACAUCGCCUGGAAAUUCCAUGGCCACUACAGUGCGUUGCAUACGAUUCUGAAUAAUACAGCACCACAAUCGAUAGCAUACGUCGCUCUUUCGCCUUACAACAAAGAGCAUUACUUCAUAGCCUUUAAGGAUAGAUCGAUCAAGUACAACUUCAAAGGCGCGCCCAAAGAAUGGAUGGUUCUAAUGACGGAGGUUUUCAAAUCAUGGGCUACGGAACCUAUGCCAUCUCAACCACCGCCACUUACCCAACCGAACUAUCAAGCUCCACCAAGAUACUACCCGGAGCAGCAGUACCCACAAGGACAGGCGUGGCAGCAACCACAACCAUAUCACCAACAAGUCCAAGUGGCGUACAACCAAAACUCUCCAGCACAAUAUCCAGCACAUCUCGCAGGAUACCAUAAUGUAUCAGGCAUGCCGUCACCCGCGCCAUCCUACCACAGUCCAGUACCACAACACGCAAUGCCCUCCCCAGCGCCAUCUUACCACAGUCCCGUGCCGCAGCACAUGGUUCCCAAUUCACCACAAUGGUCCGGGCCACCACAGCCCCCUCCAGUCGAGCUGCCAGCAAGUCUACCAGUAGAAUUACCAGCAGAGUUGCCCGGAGAUUUCUCACCAGCUGGCCCGGCAUCUGUACCCUCCCAAAAAACCUCUACGGAAGUGAGUCGCUCAUCCAUGGCAUUACUGGCUCGCGAUCUCUGGGGCGCUGACGACAAAUUAGAAAAAGAGAAAGUCGCUGUUUAAACUGUUUUGAGGCAAAGAUGGGGAGGGAAAUUGAGCUGUUUGUCUUGUAUUUGGAUUUUGAUACCCUAAUGUGAUUCAUUCUGCAUGUCCAUUUCGUUGGCAGUUUGAUUUCCGAUGCUGGAGAAUGCGUAUCGAUAUCGAUGCUGUCUUUGUUCAGCUGGGCGUUCGCGAGCAUCCUCACGGUUGGAGAUCAUG